CCCUCUCAAAGUGUUUUAUUCUUCAUGACCUUCACCUUCUUGAACCAUAUUUGAAUUACCACUUUUUCUUCCUGCGGAUAUUGUUUUCUUAUUUAUAUCUUGCUUUGCUCCAACUUGUCGGUCGAUCCCUCAUCUUCAUUACGGGCAUGAUUUGCGGAAAUUGAUUUCUUUGACACUGUAUUUUAUCUAAGGAUGAGGUCUCCAGGUUCAGUUAAGCGAGAGUUCUUGAGAAAAUGGUUAAAGGGCUUACAAGUUUACAGCUCUUCAAACAACGAAAUGAGCAUUCUUGAGAGGAAAAAGGUGAUAAAAUUAUCAGCUGAUGUGGCUAUGGCAUCCACUAGAAUUCAUUCAAACUCAAAGUAUUCAUCUUCUUGGAGUCGAGCCCUCAUGGCAAAAGCUUCAAAUGAUGCCUCAAAUGCACCCCUUUUGUCGCAUGUGCUAGGGUCCGACAACGGCGUCUCGGCCGAUAGGUCAAUGAUAUCGGAGAAAGAUGCUGCGAAGAGGAACUUGGUGAUGAUGAGGAACAAGAGGAUUAAAAGCAAGAAGAUUUUGAGAAGAAGUUGUAGCAACAAAAUUAGGAGUUUGAGAAGGAAAGCAGCCCAUGUGGUUGAUGAUAAGGGUAGAACAAGUUCUAAUAUCGUUGCAAAAAAACUUGUAAUGAAGAGGACUCAAGUGUUGAAAAGGCUUGUUCCUGGUGGGGAAUUAAUCAUGGAUGAAAUUUCAUUGAUAAGGGAAACCCUAGAUUACAUCUUGUCACUUAGGCUCCAAGUUGAUGUAAUGCGGCAUCUUGCCAAUGCAUCCGAGAAAUUGGAUAGUAUGUAGCUUUGAUAAUUUUUUGUUCUGUAUAUAUCACGCACUCGGUGUCUAAAAUACUGUCCCAACCACUAAGAGAGGCAAAGCUAGCUGAUAUACCAAGGGGAUAUAAGUAGGAAAAACGUUGUAUACACAUGUAGUUGUACUUGUUUCCUUUUUUCCUCUCCUUUUUUGGUUAAGGUGGAAUACAUAUGUGAUUCUGCUCUUAAUUUGCUCUAAGAAGAUGGUCAUGGGAGAAAAUCUAAUCCGGCUGGUGAAGGUAUGGGGAGUGACUUGUACAGACAAACAACGCUUAAAUUAAUUAUUAUGUGAUUAUAUAGUUAUUAUUUCUGCCUUUAUAAAAAAUGUCUGCAAUCUGCAUUGUGUUCAUUAUCUACUUCUAUAU